GGCCGUUCCGUGCGUCCUCGUAAACACUCGGAACGUAUUCUUUGUUGAAGAAACUUGAAUAUUAAUGGCGGCGAGAUUCUGUUUAGAAGUGUCUGUUUGUCUUUUGCAUAUAUCCCUUUGUUUUUAAUCUUAUUACCGUUCGCAAUCAACAAAAUGGGUAAUGCAGAUACGAAACUUGCUUUUCGGAAGGCUGUUGUUCAACUUACGACGAAAAAAACGGCUCUAGAGGCUGGCGACGAAGCAUUUUGGGCCCAAUUUUGGACGGAUCCUAACGUAACCGUUAGCGAUAUAUUCACUCUUAUCCCUGCAGCCGAGAUUCGUUCAUUAAGAGAUGAAAACCCGUCAAAUCUUGCUACACUUUUGUACAAGUGUGUUGAAAGAAUUGUGAAUGCCAGAGGUACAUCAUGCACAGGUCCUCAAGAGCACAUUAUUGUUUUAAACUGUGUGAAUAUCUUGACAAGAGUCAUUCCUUAUAUCUUCGAGGAUCCUGACUGGAGAGGAUUUUUUUGGUCAACAAUCCCUGGAGAAGUAGCAGACCUUGACAAUGCAGGUGGCUUGACUGGCCGCGAGAUGAACACAGAGUCAUCACCACCUUUGGCUCAAUCUCUGUUAAAUGCUUUGGCUGACCUUCUUUUUUGUCCCGAUUUUACUGUUCAUGCUACAAAAAGGAUUGGACCGGAGAAUCCCGAAGAUCUUUCUACCAUCGAUAGCUGUGAAUAUAUAUGGGAAGCUGGUGUUGGUUUUAGCAUUUCACCGUCUCAUGUUCCGCAGUACGACCUGAACAGGGUCGCCAUAUUAAAGCUUUUAUUAACGUGUUCUGAAUCCAUGUACCUCAAUCCUACAUCUGACAUUCAGGCAGCUCCAAAUAAAUGGUUGUCUCAUUUUUCUUCAUCUGAGAAUCGACACGCUUUGCCGCUGUUCACAUCUCUUUUGAAUACCGUGUGCUCAUACGACCCCGUCGGCUAUGGUGUUCCAUACAAUCAUUUGAUGUUUAACGAUUCAAAAGAACCUUUGGCCGAAGUUGCUUCACAACUGUUAGUUGUUCUACUUGAUCAGAACAGUGAGCAAAUACGCACUUCCGGUACGGACACCCCGACGGAUGAAGGUGUUCUCGAACAGACUCCUGAGCUUGUUUCGCAAGAAAAUCUCUUUUGCAACUAUUUAUCUCGCAUUCAUCGCGAGGAGGACUUCCAUUUUAUUCUUCAUGGUCUUGCACAACUGUUGAAUAAUCCACUCAUACAGACAUAUCUUCCCAACUCGACGAAGAAAAUUAAUUUCCAUCAGGAAUUGUUGGUUUUGUUUUGGAAAAUGUGCGACCUAAACAAAAAAUUCCUGUUCUUCGUCUUAAAAAGCAGUGAUGUGUUGGAGGUACUGGUACCCAUUCUCUACCAUUUGAAUGACGCGAGAUCCGACCAAUCACGACUCGGCUUGAUGCACAUUGGCGUCUUUAUUUUGCUGCUUCUCAGUGGAGAGCGUAAUUUCGGUGUGCGUUUAAAUAAACCGUAUUCAGUAAGGAUACCUAUGGAUAUACCUGUAUUUACAGGAACCCAUGCGGAUCUUCUUAUCAUAAUAUUUCAUAAAAUCAUCACGACUGGUCAUCAAAGGCUUCAACCGCUCUACGAUUGUCUUUUGACAAUAGUUGUUAAUGUUUCUCCAUACUUAAAGUCUCUCUCGAUGGUCACUUCAAACAAGCUUCUACAUUUACUCGAGGCCUUUUCCACACCAUGGUUUUUAUUUGCCGGAGCGACCAAUCAUCAUUUAGUAUUUUUUCUAUUGGAAAUCUUCAACAACAUCAUACAAUAUCAAUUCGAUGGUAAUUCACAUUUGAUCUACGCCAUAAUUAGAAAAAGAAAUAUGUUUCAUCAGCUGGCGAAUCUUUCGACAGAUCCUAGUACGGCGAAGAGACCACGAAGAAAGCGCAACGAAUCAGAAACGUCUAGUGAAGAUGAAGAUAAACCUGUGGCGGAUAAACUACCGGAAAUCGAAGCACAAGUUGAAGAAGUUCACAGAACUGGAGUGGACGCAGAUUCAAGUGAUAACGAUUUCGGGUCAGCAGCUAAUCCGUCAGUCGUCCUGUCAAAGGAGAGCUCCUAUCGAAAAGUGAUUGGUAGAUCACAGUCCGUGUCUAGUUCGGGUUCUUUCGUAGCUACUUCGGAUUGGAUCCAAUCUUGGAAACAGAAGCUUCCACUUCAGACAAUCAUGAGAAUGCUUCAAGUUCUGGUUCCUCAAGUGGAAAAAAUCUGCAUCGACAAAGGGCUAACAGAUGAAUCGGAAAUAUUGAAAUUUCUUCAACAUGGUACUUUGGUCGGCUUGCUGCCUGUACCUCACCCAAUUCUUAUCAGAAAAUAUCAGGCGAACAGUGGAACACAGAUGUGGUUUCGUACCUACAUGUGGGGAAUUGUUUAUCUCAGAAACAUCGACCCUCCAAUAUGGUACGACACAGAUGUAAAGCUUUUCGAAAUUCAACGAGUGUGAUCUACGUAGACUACAUUAACAUUAGUGAAAUUUUUAAAUUUUAUUUAUGAGCAAAGGAACAAAAUAAUAUGGCGGAUAUGGUCGAGUUCUUCAAGCCCGCUUAACGAUGUUGACCGGAUAGUUGUAAAUUUUCAUCUCGAAAAGCAAGUUUGGUAUACAUUAAUCAAACUUUUCAUUUCAGCACUUCUUUGGUUUGAAUCAUAACUUAAAGGUUUUCUAGAAAAAUCACUAUCCAGUUCAUAUCGUUAGAUCACAGUUUCGUACGAUCCACCCCAGGUGUAUCUGUGAAAAACACAAGUAUAAACUUGUUGUGAAAAUCGUAUUUUAUUCACAAUUAUCUGUGAUUGAAUGUAAAAAUUUCAAUUAUUAUAACCACAUAAUAUGAUGAA